CUGAGAUUAAACACAUCCACCGUACCACUUGGAAAGAUGCCGCUUCUACCAAAAUCGUCGUAUUAUGAUGGCCAUUACCGGCAAGGCGCAUCGCUCAUUCGAGCGCGCCAACCCUUCCUCGUGAAGAAUAUUGCGACGGGUGCCGCUUUGUUUGCCUUCACCAUUGCUGUCUAUACAUACACCCUCAAAGCUGUCGGCGUAGAUGAAUUCGAGGACGUGAAGCCUGCGAGACCACCGCAAUCGUCACAAAGCAACACCGAACAAUCGCAACAAAGAUCAUGAGAGUGUUGCUAGUCUAAUUUGAGUGACAUGUACGAUAGCAUUUUUAGGCGUCUUGAGAUAAAAAGAAACAGGUUGAAACAGCCAACCGGACAUCAAACAUAUUCUGGAUUUGAAAAACCUACAUACAUCAUGGCACAACAAGAGAAAGGCUUAAGAUAAAAUCUCCAAUCUCUAAAGAAUCAUUUUCAGCAAUAUUGUGUCUCUCAACGCAUUUCUUGCACUUCCUGCGUCACGCCUUCGCUGCUGGUGCAGGGCUCUGUGAUGCACUGCUUCUCUUCUCCAACUUCCGCGGCGCCUUUCUCCCUGGUCUCGGGUGGUUGACUGGAGACUGCACGUUUGGUGGCUCUUUUGGUUUCGGCGGUUCAGCUGGAGCUGCCUCCACGGAGGCGCCUUGCUGUUUUGCUUUUGGUACUCUGUCUCUUGACGACAUCCUCCUACGCGCCUUGGCAAGAAUACUCUCUGACUCUUGCUCCUUCGCCCUUGCCUCCUUCAUGUCCUCUGAGCUUGAACUUUCCACUACGAAAUGCGCGACCAUGGGUUUAUGGCCAUUAAUUGCUAGAACAUCUUGGGGGCAGGCGCUCAUAACGACAACGACAUCACGCUCCGCCCGGAACUUGAUGUAAUCCCCCCGUUUUGUCUUUGGCUCCUCGAAGCUUAUAUCUCCUUUCU